UACACAAAGCAAGCAUAUUUGAGAGAGAGAUUUAAAGCAAAAGCAAUUGAGUGGGAGUUUGAGAUCAGGAUUACAAAAGAAUAGGUAGAGGUGGAUUUUGUGGCUAGCACUAGCAGAGAAGCCGAGUGACCGGUAAUUGAGUCGACCAAUGCAGAAAAUGAAAAGCCUUGGGAGCAUUGGCAAUAGUACUGGUCAGGAGAAUGAUGAGGAGGAGAUCUCAAGGUUAACCAUAUCUACAUUCCAAGCCAGAGAGGAAGAAAUUGAGAGGAAGAAGAUGGAGGUUAAGGAGAAAGUUGAACGUCAGUUGGGCCGUGCUGAAGAAGAAUCUAGGCGUUUAGCACAUAUUUGGGAGGAGCUAGAAGUACUCACAGAUCCAAUGAGAAAGGAAGUUGCAGCUGUACGUAAGAAGAUUGAUAUGGCUAGCCGAGAUCUAAAGCCAUUAGGACAGAGCUGCCAGAAGAAGGAGAAGGAAUACAAAGAAGCCUUAGACGUUUUCAAUGAAAAGAACAAAGAAAAAACUCAGCUAAUAGCCACAUUAAUGGAGUUGCUAACCCAGAGUGAGAGACUGAGGAUGAAGAAACUCGAGGAGCUGAGCAAGCAUAUAUAGAAUCCGUAAACUGAAAUCUCCAGCAUUAAUCAGUUGCUUGGCUUAUGAGAUUGUUCUCAAAUAUAUAUAUGUAUUAGUAUUGUAGGUGUUCAAUAAUCCUGUACGGUCUUUAUCUCCUUUAAACAUAUCUAGAUACUAAUGUAUUAUUUGAUCGAUGCCCAUACAUACUAAUGUCAUUUACUUCU